AUGGGUGGGAUGAGCGAGAAUAGAGGUGUUCAGGAGGUUUAUCCCGACGGGAUCUCCGACACUGACAGCGUUGGGAGCUCCACGGCCGGCUACAGUGGCCCCCUCGUCGCCGGCAAGAAGACUGGAAAGAAGAGGAGCGCUCGGUUCAAAGAGGAAUCCUACGUAGAGAUCACACUAGACGUCCGUGGAGACUCCAUCGCAGUCCAAAACAUCCAUGGUGGCGACCCGCAGGAUACGGCGCUACUGACGCGAGCCAUGGAGGGAAGGCCCUCCUCACUGGCCGCCAAACUCCGGCAGGUCUCCCUUGAACUUCGGAGGAUCACUUCCUCCUCCUCCUCCAAGAGGCUGGGUAAGUUUGAAAGGAGCAUGUCCGGGGCAACACGCGCUCUCCAGGGUCUCCAGUUCCUCACCCAGAAUGUAGAGGCCGGCGGCGAGGUCUGGCCGGGAGUGGAACGGCGCUUUGAGGAUCUCGCCAUUGACGGCUGCCUCCCCCGGUCCAAAUUCGGACAGUGCAUAGGUUUGUCUCGAGGACUCUCCCCCUUCUCUCUCGGUCAACCUCCAUGGUUGUCCGAAGGAUUAACGGAGAAUCUCAUCCAGAUCUCGUUGGCGUUUGCAGGGAUGACGGGGAGUGACGAGUUCGCCGGGGAGCUCUUCGAUGCGCUCGCUCGCCGGCGAGGGAUCCUCUGCCCAUGGCUGUCCAAGUUCGAGCUCAGGGAGUUCUGGGAGCAGAUUUCCGACCAAAGCUUUGACUCCCGCCUCCAGACCUUCUUUGACAUGUAAGUUCUCAAGAUAUUAAACAUUAUAACAAUAGUUUACGACUUCGAUAAAAUAAUACACUCAUCGACGCUGUAUCCAGGGUCGACAAGAACGCCGAUGGACGGAUCACCGAAGAGGAUGUGAAAGAGGCGAGUCCUCGCACUUUGGUUUAUAUCAUCAAUAAUUGAUAAGUUUUUGUUUGUAAUCCCCAUAUAUUUCGUCUGGGUUUCGAUAGAUCAUCUCUCUGAGCGCGUCGGCGAACAAACUGUCGAAGAUCAAGGAUCGGGCUGAUGAGUACACCGCCCUGAUUAUGGAGGAGCUGGACCCGGAUAACCUGGGCUAUAUCGAGGUCAGUACCCGAACACUUUGACCGUGCUCGCUUGGACCAGCUGAGGGUGUGGUCCAUCGUGGCCGGUCCACGUGUAUUGAAUAUCUCCGGUGUUGGAUUAAGUCGAUUAAAGCAUAAAAAAAUAUUUAUUAACUCUAGCUAAUUGGGUUUAAGACAGAAACCUGUGAUCUACUACCAUCGCAUCAAAUAUGUGCAUUAUUAAACGGAUGAUAAUUUUUUUUGCUUUUAUUUACAUGUUGUUGGGUGGCCGUGCAGCUUGAGAAGCUCGAGAUGCUGCUGCUGCAAGCUCCCAACGAGACGGCCAAGAUGGGGGGGGCACACAGCGCCAACAUGAGCCAGCUCCUGAGCCAGAAGCUGGCGACGACGAGGGACAGAAAUCCGUUGCGGCGGGCCUACAGGGCCACCGCCUACUUCCUGGAGGACAACUGGAAGAGGCUGUGGGUGAUGGCGCUGUGGCUGGCCAUCUGCGCCGGUCUCUUCACCUGGAAGUUCAUCCAGUACCGCGACCGUGCGGUGUUCCACGUUAUGGGCUACUGCGUCACCACCGCCAAGGGCGCCGCAGAAACCCUAAAAUUCAACAUGGCCCUCAUCCUCCUCCCCGUCUGCCGCAACACCAUAACCUGGUUGAGAAGCCGCACUGGGCUUGGCGCUGCUGUGCCCUUUGACGACAACAUCAACUUCCACAAGGUGGUGGCCGCGGGGAUCGCCGUAGGGGUGGGGCUCCAUGCCGGAGCUCACUUGACGUGCGACUUUCCGCGGCUUCUGCACGCCACGGACGCAGAGUAUGAGCCCAUGAAACCCUUCUUUGGGGAGCGCCGCCCGCCGGAUUACUGGUGGUUCGUGAGGGGCACAGAGGGCUGGACGGGGGUGGUGAUGCUCGUUCUCAUGGUGGUGGCGUAUGUGCUGGCUCAGCCGUGGUUCCGGCGCAGCAGGCUGAGCCCUGGGAACCCUCUCCGCCGGCUCACUGGGUUCAACGCCUUCUGGUACUCGCAUCACCUCUUUGUUAUCGUCUACAUACUCUUCAUCAUCCACGGAAUCUUCCUCUACCUCAGCCGUCAGUGGUACAAGAAAACGGUAACAUUUCCUUCUCUCUCUCUCUCUCCUCUCCCUAACUUAGAAUACUUAAAGGAAUGUUCAACCUUAGUCAACCAAAUUUGAAAUGAUUCUUUAAUAAUUGGCCAUUCUUCAUUCGAACAUUUGUCAGAUCAUCUUAUGAAAUCUACUCAUAUUUUUGGGUUAUAAAUAAUGAACGAACAGAGGCAAUGAAAUUUUCUAUAGUAUAAUUUCUGCUUUAACCAAAAAUGGCACAUUAAUUUUCUAAUCAUGCGUCCCUCUCAAAAACUUGUUCCAUUUCAACAGACAUGGAUGUACCUCACCAUUCCGAUGAUGUUGUACGCAUGCGAGCGCCUUCUACGGGCCUUUAGGUCGGGAUACAAGACUGUGAAGAUUCAGAAGGUGAGAUAUUUUAUUUACUAUGCUCUCCUCUUCGGCUUCUCUGAUUGCUGAUGCUAAGUUCAUCUUCUCCGGCGCUGGGGGAAUACAGGUGGCCGUCUAUCCUGGGAAUGUGAUGGCAGUGUACAUGUCAAAGCCCCAGGGAUUUAAGUACACCAGCGGGCAGUACGUCUUCGUCAAUUGCGCCACCGUGUCUCCCUUCCAGUGGUAAUCAUCUCUUCUUCUCCUUCGCUAGAAAUAACAAGUAUUGCUGGACCCGUUGUCGACCUCAUGAAAUCCUCCGUGUUUCUCUCUUCAGGCAUCCUUUCUCGAUCACCUCUGCGCCGGGAGACGAUUAUCUGAGCAUCCAUAUCCGGACGGUCGGCGACUGGACGUCACAACUCAGGGCCGUCUUCUGUGAGGUAUUGCUCUCCAUUUGGAUCAUGGAGGUCGCCGGAAUGGUGACUUCCCUUGAGGGAAGUGUGGCUCAUUCUUCAAACUAUUGGAUGGCAGGCUUGCCAGCCAGCGAUGGCCGACCAGAGCGGUCUCCUCCGAGCAGACGCCAUUAAUGGCCGAACCGGCAGCCCCAGCUUGCCCAGGCUCCUCAUCGACGGCCCUUACGGCGCCCCAGCGCAGGACUACAAGAAAUACGACGUUGUCCUCCUGGUGGGACUGGGCAUCGGGGCCACCCCGCUGAUCAGCAUCGUCAAGGACGUCCUCAACAACGCCAUCGCCGCCGAUGAGGAAGACCCAGAGGCCGCCGGAGUGGCGAAGAGGAAGCAGCCGUUUGCGACGAAACAGGCAUACUUCUACUGGGUAACGCGGGAGCAGGGAUCCUUCGAGUGGUUCCGUGGGGUGAUGAACGAGGUGGCGGAGAAGGACCACGGCGGCGCCAUUGAGCUCCAUAACUACUGCACAAGCGUGUAUGAGGAGGGAGACGCACGAUCGGCGCUCAUCGUCAUGUUGCAGGCGCUGCACCACGCCAAGAACGGAGUGGACAUCGUCUCCGGGACGAGGGUGAAGACCCAUUUUGCUCGCCCUAACUGGCGCUCCGUCUUCAAGCAUGUCGCCGUCAAGCACACCGAUGAGCGCGUCGGUGAGAAAUUUUUCCUUCGCCGUUCUUCUCCCCCAUCUUUUCCUUUUCCAAAGUCCUCUCCUCAGCCUUGAAGUUUCCGAUUCUCCAUUUUCGCAGGAGUAUUCUAUUGCGGGCCGCCAAGCCUGGUGGGGGAGCUGAGGAGGCUGGCCAAGGAUUUCUCGCGGAAGACGACCACCAAGUUCGAGUUCCACAAGGAGAACUUCUGA